AUGAAGCUCUCUACCAUUAAGGCUGCCGUGGGCUCGGCUUUGGUCCUGCUCUCUGCCCAACCCGCCGAGGCUCAUGAUGGAACUCACCGACACCUUCACAAGUUGAAGUCCGGUCUGGGCCCCAACGAGGAGAUCGAGACGCUUGCUGAGAGGGAUGUCAUCAAGAGAACUUCUGAUGGCAAGGCCAUCUGCAGUUUGCCCAGCGAUGGCGAUCUCGUCAAGGUCCCCGGUGCCAUGAACAAUGGCUUUGCUAUGAGCCCCGAUCAAGCCUGUGUUGAAGGAAGCUACUGCCCUAUCGCCUGCAAAGCCGGCAAAGUCAUGGCGCAAUGGGAGCCCGAUUCGACCUACACGUAUCCCUCGUCCAUGAACGGUGGCUUGUACUGUGGUUCUGAUGGCAAGGCCUCAAAGCCCAUCAAGGGCUCUCCCUACUGCGUCGAUGGAGCAGGUACCGUUGAGGUUUACAACAAGUGUGGCAAGACUUUGUCCUUCUGCCAAACUGUUCUGCCGGGCAACGAGGCUAUGCUCAUUCCCAGCGUCAUUGACAAGUCAAUCACCCUUGCUGUUCCCGACCCUAGUUACUGGUGCAGCACCAGUGCUCACUACUACAUCAACCCGCCCGGAGUUACGGAUGAGGGUUGUAUCUGGGGCGACUCCUCCAAAGCAGUUGGUAACUGGGCUGCCUACGUCGCGGGAGCCAACCAAGACGGUCAGGGCCGAACUUUCGUCACUCUCGGUUACAACCCCAUCUGGGAGGGUUCCGCGCUCAAGAACACGAAGCCUACCUACGGAGUCAGGAUCGAGUGCCCUGAUGGAGGCUGCAAUGGCACUCCUUGCUCUAUUGACCCCUCUGCCAAUGCUGUUGGGGAGGUGACCAGCAACCAAGCCGGCACCGGCGCUGGCAAUGCCAAGUACUGCGUUGUCACUGUUCCCAAGGGGAAAAAGGGUCGCAUCAUCGUCUUCCCUCUUGACGGUUCUGGAGGAAGCGACUCUGACGACUCCAACGAGAAGGAUACCAAGGUUGAAAUCAAGGUCGCCAAGUCUUCCGCUGCUCCAUCGCCCACUCCCACCCCGACUCCCACGCCCACUCCUACUCCUACGCCUACACCGACCCCGACGCCCCCCUCGUCCUCUUCUGCUGCGCCUUCCUCCAAGGCUGUCAAGAGUUCCAGCUCCAAGGCUUCCAGCGCAGCUACCUCCGCCUCCUCGACGACGUCAAGUGCCCCCACUGUCAUGGCCGGCAUGUUCCACGAGAACGAUAAUUCGACAACCACGUCCUCCGACUCUGAUGGCACGACUUUCAAGCCCGCCACCGCCACAGAAACGGAAGAAUCAGCACCCGCCACGACCUCCAAGGAGAACGAAGGUGUUAGGCAAGGCGGUGGUGCCAUUGCGGGCCUCGUCAUCGCCUUCGUCGCAGCCACAUUCCUCUACUGA